AACGGGUCGGAGCUGAGCUGAGGCUGAGCCAUGCAAUCCGCCAUGGACGCCGGCGCCGUCGUGCAGGUGCAGGUGCCGGUGCCGGUGCCGCCCGAGCGGGCGGCGGCCAUGCGCAAGGGCCCCUGGACGAUGGAGGAGGACCACGUCCUCGUCAACUACAUCGCCGCCCACGGCGAGGGCGCGUGGAACAACCUCGCCCGCGCCGCCGGGCUGCACCGCACCGGGAAGAGCUGCCGGCUGCGGUGGCUGAACUACCUGCACCCGCACGUGCGGCGCGGCAACAUGACGGCGGAGGAGCAGGAGCUCAUCGUCCAGCUGCAGGCCAGAUGGGGCAACAAGUGGUCGAGGAUCGCCAAGCACCUCCCUGGCCGGACGGACAACGAGGUCAAGAACUUCUGGAGGACCAAGAUACAGCCCAAGAGGCACCGGAGCAGUGACUGCAGCAGCAGUGCCAUGGAAGCCAUCGCCAUGGCCGGCAUAUGCCGUGGCAUGGGCAUGGCAGGCCAUAGAAGCAGUACUCCGGCGAUCACAGAGGGCCAAGGCAGCAGCAGCCACUCCGACAGGACAGGGGUCACGCAGGACUACGGCAUUGUGACCCAGCAGCCGAGCAUAUCGUCUAGCGUGGCGGACCAUCUCGGCUACGGAGUCCAUGGACCAGGAGGAGGAGGCGCUGGAGCCAUGGACAUGGACAUGGACUUCCUUCCGGAGUUCUUGGCCGCGUCGGGGGAGAACUUCUGGGCCAUCGACGACUUCUGGACGACGAUGCAGUCGUUUCAUGGCAACAUCUGAUAUGAUUGGAAGCCUGGAACGUGCACACGUCCGUAUUCAUUUGCACGUCGUGGAGAAAGGUGGGGGUUGUUAUCAGAAUAAUCCUCCGAUCCUUGUGGAUUAGUAAAAAAGUUCAAAGCAGUUUGCUGGACUCCUCUUUCUGCCAAACAAGCCUAGCUAUUUGAUUGGCUGUUGCCACGGUAUAGUAGGGGUGUACGAUACAUGCCUGUAUGCUUGUGUGUAUUUAAUUUGCCUGUUUGGCUGCUGCCACGGUAUAGUAGGGGUGUACAAUUUAUGCGUGUA